AUGUCCGGCAACACGGCUCAGCAGCAGCAGCACCACCACCACCACGACUGGCACCAUCACUGGCAGCCGGCCACGGUGGAUGCUGAGUUCUGCUCCGGCGUGAUGGAGGUGAAGAUGUGCCAUGCCAGGUGUGGCCACGAUGGCCCUUGCCACAAAGCAUGUCCCAUGCCGAAAGAUGUUGAUCUUCAGGCUAAGCUGGUAGAGAAGAUGGAGUGCCAUGACAAGUGCGGGGACGACCGUGAGUGCCACCGAGCGUGCGGCUGCCCUUUCCAGCAGCUGCGCGAGAAGUGCCCGAUGCUGAACAUGGAGGAGAAGCAGCAGCACCACCACCACCACCACGGCGGGCACCAUCACUGGCCGCCGGCCACGGUGGAUGCUGAGUUCUGCUCCGAGGUGAUGGACGUGAAGAUGUGCCAUUCCAGGUGCGGCCACGAUGGCGCUUGCCACAAGGCAUGUCCCAUGCCGAAAAAUGCUGAUCUUCAGGCUAAGCUGGUGGAGACGAUAGAGUGCCAUGACAAGUGCGGGUACGACCGUGAGUGUCACCGCGUGUGCAGCGGCCCUUUCCAGCAGCUGCCCGCGUUGUGCCCGAUGCUGAACAUGGAGGAGCACUUCCACCAUCACGGUGGGCACCACCACAGGCAUGCUGCCACAAAGGCUGAGUUCUGCGCUGACGUCAUGCAGGUGAAAACGUGCCACGACAAUUGUGGCCUGGAUCGUCAUUGCCACAAGGCCUGUCCCCUGCCUGAGGAUGCGAAACUUCAGACUGAGCUGCUGGAAUCAAUGGAGUGCCAUGAGAACUGCCAGUAUAAUGCCGAAUGCCACCGUAAUUGCGGUUGCCCCUUCGAGCAGAUGCGCGACAAGUGCCCGAUGCUCUUUGCGCCAUUUACCGGCCCUCUUCCCGGGCAGAAUCCCGACAUGCUGAUGACUGUUCACGUUUAA